UCUUCAAUGCAAUUUUCUUCAGGUUUCAAAAAACAGAAUAGUAACGAAAGUAGUACCAUAUUUCGACCGUGGGAUUCGUCAUCUGAAACAACUACUGCAAAUACUACUUCUCCACCAUAUUGGAACGACGUUGAAGAAGAACCACCUUCGGAAUCCAGAGUUCCGACUAUAGAUAUACCUGCUCAUGACUCAACUGAUUUAGAAACUAUAAAAGAGACAGUAUAUGCUGGAUCGUUGGCUACAUUUCUUAAAAAUGAAGUUAGAGAAGCUGAUUUAGAUUUUAUUAGGAUGCUUGAGGCCUCCAUAAAUCGAGCCUACGAAUCGCAGCAAAGAUAUGAUCGGCAAUCUUCUGAAAUACUAAAAAUACCUGGAUGUUACACUCAACCGGGAGAACAUAUGGUUGAAAUAGUUGCAGGCUCUAAAAUCUACUUUCCUUUAAGCAUCAAAAAUCAAAUUGAGAAAACAUGUGAAGAAGAAAACGAGAGUUGUGAUUGGGAAACAUUAAUUAAGUUGGCUUUAAGAGAAGUAUACGGCAAUAACAUUUCUAAUUAUUCGGCAAAAGGUAUAAAAGUUAAAGGAUCUCAUACCGAUAAAUACCCACCUAUUGACAGUCGAUUAUAUAAUGCAAUUUUUGAUUGGGUCAGAGAUAAAGUUGGUUCAAAAAAAAUUAUAACUACAAAGAUGUUUAACACAACUAUUAAUAAGUAUUGUGCAAAUAAAAGAACUAAUGAAAAUACUCACCCACAUUCUACAAAACAACUUGAUCAACCAGAGUUUAUAUCUGAGGAAAAUUUAAGAUUUUUCAAAAAAAUCGUACAAAUUAUUGAAGAUUCCUAUAAUAUGCAGCGAAGAGAAACGUUGCCUGAGCGACAAACUUACCAGUUAUCGAACGUGUACACUCAACCAGCCAAAACAAAAGUUCAAAUCAGUCCAAAUUAUGAAAUUUAUCUUCCUAAAAGUAUUUACAUGUAUAUCGAGAGAAGAAGUGAGAUCGCUAAAAAUAAAUACGAUUGGAGAAUUCUUAUAAAAGAAGCCUUACUGGAAGUAUAUGGAAAUCAAUUAAAAAAUUACAGUGCGAAAGGGACUCGUGGUGGCUCUCCAGGGAUUAAUGUCGAAUUAUAUCGAGCACUCUACGAUUGGGCAAGCUCGGUGACCAGUGAAGUUAUUCUGGAUGGGGAUUUUACGGAUGUCAUCAAUACUCUCACAGCUAAUAAAAAGAAGGGGAAAAAAAGUAAAUAAUAAGUGGACAUUGUAUCAAUAAACAUUUUUCAUUGAUCAUGAAUAUGUUUAUUCUCUUUAAAUUAAACAUUGUUUUCUCUUUAA